UGACAAUUCUUCUGCAUGUUUCAAGGGAAUGCUAUGCAACUGAGUGCUGAAGUGGAAUUUCACUUCACAAGUAAGCAGAACAAAAAUGGCGAGGAAGUUAAACUAUGGUUGUUUUUAAAGAAAAGAUCAAAAGGAAACUUAAACAAAAAACACACUCUACGAUUGUUUUUUUCCCUCUUUGAUCUGUCUCGUAAAAUUGGAGAACGAAUCGUCAGUGGAGUUCCUGUGGUAUACUCUAUGCAAAUAGGUAAUUUUCGCCUCUCUAUUUCUGUUAAAUAUCACAUUUUGACACUUAUAUCUGCUCUGUUUAGAUUUUUUAAAUUUACCAUUUUCAUCAUUAUUUUGUGCAUUAUAUCGAGCUUUAAUAAAAAAGACUGGUUUUAGUACAAAUUACUGGAAUUGGGUACUGUGGUCGUGAAAGUCACUUCUUUAAAAAAUUUACACUCUCAUUGUCUGUUAAUCAUCGGUGUUUCUUUGGCAAAUUCAAGUCAAUCUGUGGACCGGCUGUUUGCUGCUUUUUUUCCUUUUAAUUUUAAUUUUUUAGUGUCAUUGUUCAAUCAUGAUUAAGGCUUGUUUGCUAUUGCAUGCAAGACGCUGAGGAUAAAGAGAAUUACGAUUUUCGUAGCAGCUUGUGAAUCAAGGGAAAGGCAGAGAAAAUUAUAUAUAUAUUUUUGGAACAAUGUCUUGAUAUGACUUUUUUUUUUUAUCUUCCUUUGUCAGAUUUCUCAUUAUUUCUUAGUUACCAGAAGGAUUUGCUGGUAGGAUUUUCGUUUUAUUACAUGUAGGUUUUAUUGAAUGAUUGGUAUGAAUGAGAAGCGUGCAUGGUUUUGUCAUCAUGUUUUCUGUAAUCUAUAAUGCGAAGAAGUUCAUUACAGAACACUUGCAAUUUCAUAACUCAGUUCUGGUUAUGCCGUUUGACCCUGAAUAGAUCUUUAGAUAAACAGGUGUUAAUGGACUAGUUAAUUGAAGGCAACAUAACCAUCAUAUAUAUAUAUAUAUAUAUAUAUAUUCCUAAUAUGUUAUGCUUCUAUUGGAUAUUUGUUACCUAAUAUUUGGAAUUUUAUUGCCGGUUCUUCCUUUUGAUCACUUGAUAGAUGGAUAAGUGUUAACUAGUAUGUAAUUCAUUACAUUGUUAUGAUACUUUUCAUAGUAUAGUAUUUCCAAAUUUGUUGUUCUUAUCUGACAAGUUCGUCACCGGAUACUUGGAAUUUCAUUAAUCUUUUUCUGGUUUUUUCGUUUGAUCAUUUAAUAAGUUUUCAGAUUAACAGGUGUCUAAACUCUGUAAUUGAUAGAUUAUGCAAAGCUUUCCUAUAUUCUUUGAUGAAUCAUGCCCACAUUAUUUGGUAACAACUUUGGAAUUUGUUUAUCUUCUUUUUAAAAGCAUUUCUUUGUUGAAGUUAGUUAAAUUCUGAACUUUAUUUUUUUUUCCCCAGUUAUCCCGCUUGAUCACCUGAUAGAUUUGUUAGACAGGUGUUAACUAUUAUGUAAUUCAUGUCACUGGAAUAAUAAUUUUCAUAAAAUUCUGGAUUCAAAUAUGUUAUGCUUACCUUGAAUGUUCAUUGAAGAAUACUUGGAAUUUCAUAAAAUAUUUUGUUUGAUAAUUUAAUAGGUUUUCAUAUCAACAGGUCUUUAACACAUUGUAAUUGAUGGAUAAUGAGAAGCAUCCGUUAAUCAUGAGUACUUUUGGCUUUUCAAGCGUAGAUGAUGGCAAUUUUUUUUUUUUUUUUGAGAAUUUUGAACCUUAUUUACCUUCUUUGUUGAAGUUCAUUACAGAGUCUUUGAAUUAGCUUUUCCAGUUAUUCUGUUUGUCUUUGAUCACUUGAUAGGUUUGAUCGACAGUUAACAACCAUGUAAUUUCAUGAUAAGGUAACAAUAAAUUUCAUAACAUCCUGUUUCCAAAUAUGUUUGCUUGCCUUGAAAGUUCGUAUAUGAAUGCUUGGAAUUUCAUAAAUAUUUUCUGGUCAUCUCAUUUAACCAUUUGUUAGCUUUUCAUAUCGACAGGCUUUGAAAACUUUGUAAUAACUGGUAUCUAAAAUUUUUUAAUUGAUGGAUCAUAAGAAGCAUUCUUUAGCAUUUUGGUGCCUUUAAGUGUUUUAUUUUUUUUUUUUGGUGAUUCAUGACUGCAUUUUACAGCUAGAACUUAAGAUUUUAUUUGCCUUCUUUAUUGAAGUUCACUAACAAAAUGUUUUGAAUUUAAUCUUUUGUGGUUUUUCUGUUUUUGUUCCCUUAAUAUGUUUUUAAACGAAUUGGUGUUAACAGCUGCGUAUUUUGUCACGUGGUAAUAACAUUUUUCAUUUCCAAACCUGUUCUGCUCAUGUGGAAAGUUUGUUAAUGAAUUUUAUGAAUUUCAUAAAUAUUUUCAGGUUAUUUCAUUCGAUUAUUUAAUAGGUUUUCCAGAUCAACAAGUGUCAAAAACUUUGUAAUUGAUGCAUCUGGAGAAUCAUUCAUUAUAAUUUGGAGUUUUUAAGUGUCGUCUUCCAUAAAUCCUGCCCACGUUUAUCAGCAAGUACUUUGCACUUUAUUUACCUUCUUUCUGGACAUAGUGUCCUUAUUUUGGAUUCAUUAUUUUGGUGCUUUAGGGCUUAUGCAGUCAAAGGGAUACUCAUGAAGAUUCAUGCAGAAGCUUUGGAUUUUAAAAUGAGAUAUUGGUGAUUGAGUUCUUAUUUCUGGCGUUGGCUUUUACAUUAAAAAGGUGAGCCAUUGGUGACAUUGUGAAAAUGGACUGCAAUAAAGAAUAUGCCUUCAGAGCCAAGGAGAUUGCAGAGAAGAAGUUCAUUGAGAGGGACAUUGCAGGAGCCAAAAGAUUUGCAAUGAAGGCUCAAAACUUGUUUCCUGGACUUGAUGGUCUUUCCCAAUUUCUAGCAACGCUUGAUGUGUACAUCUCUGCUGAGCGAAGAACUAAUGGUGAAAUAGAUUGUUAUGGAAUUCUUGGUGUAGAUCCAUUGGCUGAUGAGGAGACAAUCCGGAAACAUUAUAGGAAACUGGCUCUGAUCCUUCAUCCUGAUAAAAAUAAAUCUGUUGGCGCUGAAGGGGCUUUUAAGAUUCUAUCUGAAGCCUGGAGUUUGUUGUCUGAUAAAGCCAAGCGAAUUGCCUAUGACCAGAAGCAGAUUUUAUGCGAUAUGUACCGGAGUGAUCCAAAUUUAAAAUCCUCAACACCAGCUGGAAAGAAUGGUUCUCAUUAUUUCUUCAGCAAUAACAAGUUACAUACAACAUAUCAGAACAGUGCCUUGCAUCCAAAGCCUGCUCCACCUCCUCAUUUUUCCAUGACUAGGACCUUUUGGACAAUCUGCAGUUUUUGUAGAGCGCAAUUUGAGUAUUCUAGAACUUUUGUCCAUCAUACCCUUCUUUGCCAUAACUGCAAACGUCCUUUCUUUGCUGUUGAGGUGCCUCCUCCACCUAUAGUUUGCAAUGGUCCAUUCCCUACAUGGAGUUCUCACAUGCAAGGACUGAAUUCUACUCUGCAAACUAGGACAAAAAACCCAUACGCUUCGGGAAUGAAGCCAGUUUCUAGCACAACUUUAAGACCAGUUGUUCAGGCGGGCACAUUUGGUAAAGUGGGCAGUGUUGAAAGUGUGCCAUCAGCGGCUCCAGCAACUGCUGGAAGAGGGGAAUAUAUAUCGAAAGGAGAUAGGAUGAAGAAGAAAAGGCGACUUGAUGAAUAUAGGAUGGCCAAUCAAAUGGCAGACAGAAAUGGAGGAGAUGGGACUGACAAAGGUAGUUUUGAAACAGGAAAGACAAACAUUGCUGGGUUUAGGACAAGGGAGUUGUCACAGCAGGAACUUCGAAACAUGUUGGUGGAGAAGGCUAAGAAGGAUAUUCGCCUCAGGCUAAUGGAAUGCAGCAUUCCAUAUGCUGUAUCAAAGAUUUCAGAGAAGGAGGACAAUAAAGAGAAAGGAAAGCAGAAGGCUCCUCUAAAUAGCAUGAACACUGAUGGAAACAAAUGCUCGGAGUUUUUAAAUACCAAGACCAGAGCUCAGACAGAUUCUUCCCUGGCCAACUCUAAUGAUGAUCUUGACACAAAGGGUAGUAAUGCAUCAUUAACAAUGACUGUUCCAGAUCCAGAUUUUCAUGAUUUUGACGAUGAUCGCACAGAAAAAUCAUUUGGUGAUAAUCAGGUGUGGGCUGCUUAUGAUGAUGAUGAUGGGAUGCCUCGAUAUUAUGCGAUGAUCCACAGAGUGAUAUCGAGGAAACCAUUCAGAAUGCAGAUCAGUUGGCUUAAUUCCAAAAGCAAUCGUGAAUUGGGCCCGUUAAACUGGAUUGGUUCUGGUUUUUACAAGACCAGUGGAGUCUUCUGGAUAGGCAAGCAUGAAUUUAACCAGUCUAUUAAUUCUUUUUCACACAAGGUUAAUUGGGAAAAGGGUACAAGAGGGACAAUUCAGAUAUAUCCCAGGAAGGGAGAUGUCUGGGCUCUUUAUAGGAAUUGGUCUCCUGAUUGGAAUGAGCUUACCCCAGAUGAAGUGAUACAUAAUUAUGAUAUGGUGGAAGUGCUUGAAGAUUACAACAAGGAGAGAGGUGUGACCGUUGCCCCUCUCGUUAAAGUUGCUGGUUUUAAGACGGUGUUUUGCCGGCAUUCGGACUCCAGUAAAACCAAGUCUGUCCCAAGAGAGGAGCUGUUUCGGCUUUCUCAUCAAGUUCCUUUUUACUUGUUGACAGGUCAAGAAGGUCUUAAUGCUCCCAAGGGUUGUUUGGAACUUGAUCCUGCAUCUAUGCCUUUGGAACUACUUACAGUAUUAGCAGAAGCUAAGGAGGAAGAAGUGGAGGAGAGUGUUCAAAAGGCUAAGGAUCCACUUGGGAAGAUGAAAAAAUCUGAGGAAGAACAGUUGGUGGAAGAUGGUGAAACAAAGGAAAAAAAUCUGGUGAAAGAUGCUGCUAAAGAAGAUGUAGCAGAAGUGAAGAGGGAUGAGGGGAAGGAAACCAAGAUGGAAAAGUUAAUGGUGUACAAAAGGAGGCGACAGAGGAACUAGGUCGUAUGACAGUUAUAGCCGCAAAGGAAAAGAGUUAGAGAAGACAGAAGUCCGUACAGAAACUAUUUAGCAGUUGUUCUCUUCAAUACAUUGGCAGAUCGCAGUUUUGUUUUUGUAGUUGUGGGAUGCCCGAGACUCAUCACAGCUGCAUCCAUAGCAUGAAGAAAUUUUUUUGAAAGACUGAAAUUUUUACUAUGUAGUUAUUAGCUUAACCAUCCAGUGUGCUAAUUUGCCGUCCACUAUUGCUUUUGUUUUGUUUUUGAAUAGCCUUAAAAGGAGUUGUAACCCAAACAAGUACAGGUGUUUGAUGUUUUGCAUCAUUGUGGUGUCAUGUGGCAGCCAUUUGAAAUCUCUUGUGAGAAAAGAUCAGUAGCCUGAAGCUGAUCGAAAAUUUCACGGACCAUAAUUGGUUGAAGCAUUCCCAUUUGUCAAAGGAUAAUCUCACCUUAUUCU